ACUUUUAAAAUACAAUAACAAACCAACUCUUAAUUAGUUUUGAACCAUGGCAAGAAAUGAAUCCAUCACUAGGAUAACGAAUAAUUUUAGAAUUGAUAUUUUUGUCAGAUUAGUGGAGUUGACUAAGAAAAAGAAUGUAAUAUUUUUGUUUUGUUCUUAAGAUUUCUUCCAUGACGUGAGGAGAGAAUCUUCCAAAAGGUAUGUGGUGAGAAAUUUCUCAAUUAACUGAUGCAGGUAGGUCCAAGAUCAUCAAAGGAUAGAGAGAGAUUUCCACCAAACAAUGUACUGCUAAUGUUAGCAGGGGCAGGGUUGCUGUGGAUGGGAUGGGCUGGCUUCAACGGCGGAGAUCCAUACACUGCCAAUAUUGACUCUUCCAUGGCCGUUCUUAACACUAACAUUUGCGCAGCAACUAGUCUUCUUGUAUGGACCUGGCUAGAUGUCAUUUUCUUCAAGAAACCUUCUGUCAUCGGUGCUGUUCAGGGCAUGAUAACUGGCCUUGUUUGCAUUACCCCUGGCGCAGGUCUUGUUCAGGGAUGGGCUGCCAUAAUCAUGGGAAUUUUAUCUGGUAGUGUUCCAUGGUUUACCAUGAUGAUUGUUCACAAAAGAUGGACACUACUGCAAAAAAUUGAUGACACACUAGGAGUGUUUCACACUCAUGCUGUUGCUGGCCUUCUAGGGGGUGUUCUAACAGGCCUCUUUGCAGAACCUGAGCUCUGUGCACUAUUUUUGCCGGUGACAAACUCAAGGGGCGGUGUCUAUGGUGGUUCCGGUGGAAUCCAAAUACUCAAACAACUAGUUGGCGGUGCUUUCAUUAUUGGAUGGAACGUUGUCGUUACAUCAAUUAUUUGUGUAGUGAUAAACUUUGUGAUACCAUUGAGAAUGUCUGAGGAACAAUUGCUUAUUGGGGAUGAUGCUGUGCAUGGUGAGGAGGCUUAUGCAUUGUGGGGUGAUGGAGAAAAAUAUGAUGCAACCAAGCAUGGGGAUAUCACAGAACAUAACAUGGAAACGAGGACAUCAACUGGUGCGACUCAAGUGAUGUAGAGAAGGGGAUCCACAAAAUUAAAUUAAGUGUUGUUUGAUGAUUAAUUUGCUUCAUAAAUGUUCGAGGUAAAUUAAGACUAAGUACUUAAAUGUAUUUCUUAUUCCUAUUUUUAAUAGUUUUAAUAAAAUUAUUAAACUCAGUUCAACUUA